AUGUCGUUUGAUUAUUGCACGAAGGAGUUGAAGAAUUUAUCGGCGAGAGUGAAAGCACCGGAUGGAUCGAACGAGGGAUGUGCCGUGCGCGUGAUCGAUUCUGAUCAUAUUGGUGAGUGGUCGUUCAUUACGGGCAUAAUGCGGAUGGUUUAUUCAAAACAGUGCUCUUGUUGUACCUACCAUUUACUCAGAUACUAA